CUCGUGUUCUCUGGAUUGACCGUUCAGGACUUCAUUAAUGAGUCGAAAGUCUCAUAAUAUAUACCCUAAUGUUCUUGAUUGUUUGGUUCCUGUGAUCGUUCUUAUUGUCAUCAUACCUCUGGGUGAUUUACUUGCUGCCACCGUCACGAAUUUGAAGUCAACGUCCAUGUGGAACCAAGCAAGCUUCCUACUGCUGCUAAUGCUGCAGUGGUGUUGUUGUUGUUGUUGUUGUUGUUGUUGUUGUCUUUUUCAGUCCCCCCUGCAAUGAAUCUCAGCCCCCCCACAAGAAGUUUCAGCCUCCCUCCAGGUCACGUACAUGACGAGGCAUGGAGGAGUCUAUGCAAAGUCGUACAUUACAGUGCCAUCUUCGAUUCCGAAAUGCGUCAACCCCACUCUCGAUGCAUGGAAAACACACGUGUUGCACUUCGGGAGACUCUGAGACAGGUCCUCGAUCGACACGAUAGGACGAACAUUUGGCUCAACGGCCUUGCUGGUGUUGGAAAAACGUCCAUUGCGUUCACCGUAGCUGAGGAGAUGAAAUCAAAGAAAAGGCUCGCCGCAUCCUUCUUCUUCUCGCGUCAACAUGCACAACAUGUGACUAUGUUCAUUCCUACUAUCGCAUACCAGCUGGCACUGGCUUUCCCAAGAAUCAAAGAUGCUAUUGUUAAAGUCAUCGCAGAAGACGAGCUCCUCCUGUCAUCUAGUAAAUCUCAUCGUGAUCAGAUGCAGGAGCUCAUCAUCAAGCCACUAUACUCAUUGCAAUUCCGUCAAGAGACAGGCGGCAAGACUGGUCAGUUGUUGGUAGGGACGUUCUCGAGUCCAGACAUGCCCAACAUCCACCUGUUAUUCACGAGCCGUCCUCAGAUGCAUAUCCGCGCGGCCAUGCAAGCCGAUAUUCACGAAAUUCCUCUCAUCAAUGGCGAUGACGCCACCCUGCGGGAUGUCCGUGUCUUUCUGCGGGUGUCAUUGGACAACAUACGGACAACCCGUCCAGAUCAUUUUGGCCAGCCGCCAAGGUCUUGGCCAUCAGAGGAUAAAUUUGAGACAUUGGUGUCUAAUGCAGGCGGUCUAUUUGUCUAUGCUGCUCUGGUCAUCGGUUUUAUAUCCGCCGCUGGUCAUCCGCCGCAGCAGAGGCUAAAUCACUUACUUCUCGAGAGCUCGACUGUUAAUGCUGAUAUCGAUCAGCUUUAUAGGCAUAUUCUCGCAAGUUCACAGAAUCCAAUUGUACACUGCCGAAUGUUAAUGUGCAUCACUCAUCUCGAUCGACCGCUUUCGCUUGCAAACUUGCAUGAUCUCUUUUUCGAGGAUAAGGAGGAUUUGGCAGUGAUGCUAGAAGCAUUUUCACCUGUUAUCUUGAAUCUCCCCCAUAGAAAUGUCGAGAUCUAUCACACUUCGCUCUUCGACUUCAUGGAGGACCCUCUACGGUCGGAGCAGUAUUACGUGGAUCAUGCACGUGCUCACGAGUACCUUGCAUGCUGCUGCCUAAAUUCGUUAAUGCGAAAAUCACCGAUGAUCGACGAUUAUGCAUUCGACACAUGGCAUCACCAUCUUUCUUUGGCCUAUCCUAGCGGCGAACUUCGACAUCUACUUGCUCUGUUUACAAAGAAAGAACUGCAACGUUUGGUGGUAUUCGCAGAACAGGGAGGUGGAUCUUCACAUCUCGUCGGACCCCUGCACAGUGCAAAGCGGACUUGCUUAUCCUUUCGGUGCAUCCUAACCAAGCCUCGAUCAGAAAUGGGUCAGGAACUUUUCUGA